AUGCGGAUAAAAGUGGGCUUUAUUUUACGGAGUUUGCUCGUGAUUGGAACAUUUUUGGGGCUCGUCGUGCUGUGGUCGUCGCUGUCACCCAAACCGAACGAUGUCAACCCCUUUGCCAAGAGGGAUGAUGACUUUGUGCCCAAAGGAGGUCCAUUGGAUAGGUUCAAGCCGGUGGUGCCCUGGCCUCACGUGGAGGGAGUGGAGGUCGACCUCAACGCCAUCAGAAUCAAACAUGGGGAGAACGACGCAGCGCCGGUCGCAGCUCAAAAACCUGAUCAGAAGCAGGUGAUGCAGCAGCAGUACGUCACCUUCAAGCCACACUCCCAGGCCUACACUGUCCCCGUCCUGAAGAAGGGCAUUCUGGGUAACCUGGAGCCGGCCAAACCUGAGCCUCCGGGGGUGCCAGACGGGCCUGGGGAGGGGGCCAAGCCUUUCGUCCUGGGACCGGAGUACAAAGACGCCGUGCAGGCUUCCAUCAAAGAGUUUGGUUUCAACAUGGUGGCCAGCGACAUGAUCUCACUGGACAGAAGUAUCAGCGACAUCAGACAUGAAGAGUGUAAAUACUGGCAUUACGACGAGCGGCUGCUGACCUCCAGUGUCAUCAUUGUGUUCCACAACGAGGGCUGGUCCACGCUGAUGCGAACGGUCCACAGCGUCAUCAAGAGGACGCCGUCGAGAUACCUGGCGGAAAUAGUCAUGAUCGACGACUUUAGCAACAAAGAGCAUUUGAAGGAACGCCUGGAGACUUACAUUCAGCAGUGGAACGGUUUGGUUAAACUUCACAGAAACGAAAAACGAGAGGGUUUGAUCCAGGCCAGGAGCAUAGGAGCCAAGGUGGCCACAAAGGGACAGGUGCUGAUUUACCUGGACGCUCACUGUGAGGUGGGAGUGAACUGGUACGCUCCGCUGGUGGCUCCGAUUUCAAAGGACAGGACAGUUUGCACAGUGCCGCUCAUAGAUUACAUAGACGGUAAUGACUACACCACAGAGCCUCAGCAGGGGGGCGACGAGGACGGGCUGGCCAGAGGGGCCUGGGACUGGAGCCUGCUCUGGAAGAGGGUUCCACUCAGCCAGCGAGAGAAAGCCAAGCGCAAACACACAACCGAACCUUACCGAACGGUCUGUACGGUGCCGUUGAUUGACUCCAUCCACGGGCAGCAGUUCACGGUGGAGCCCCAGGGUGGAGGAGACGAGGACGGGUUCGCCAGAGGAGCCUGGGACUGGAGCAUGCUCUGGAAGAGGAUCCCGCUCACCGACAGAGAAAAAACACACAGAAAGACUAAGACAGAGCCAUAUAGGUCUCCAGCGAUGGCCGGAGGUCUGUUCGCCAUCGAGAGAGACUUCUUCUUUGAGCUCGGAUUAUACGACCCUGGAUUACAGAUCUGGGGAGGAGAGAACUUUGAGAUCUCAUACAAGAUCUGGCAGUGCGGAGGCCAGCUGCUGUUCGUGCCCUGCUCCAGAGUGGGACACAUCUACAGGUUGCAGGGCUGGCAGGGCAACCCCCCUCCAGCUCACGUGGGCUCUUCCCCAACGCUCAAGAAUUACGUGCGCGUGGUGGAGGUUUGGUGGGACGACUACAAAGACUAUUUCUACGCCAGUCGCCCUGAAACUCUCACUCUGGCCUACGGAGACAUCAGCGACCUCAAACGCUUCAGGGAGGAGCACAGGUGCAAGAGCUUCAAAUGGUUCAUGGAGGAAAUCGCGUACGACAUUCCUCUGCAUUAUCCUCUGCCCCCGAAGAACGUGGAGUGGGGAGAGAUUCGAGGCUUUGAGACGAGUUACUGCAUCGACAGCAUGGGCCACAACAACGGAGGGAAUGUGGAGAUCGGGCCGUGUCACAGAAUGGGAGGGAAUCAGCUGUUCCGCAUUAACGAGGCGAAUCAGCUGAUGCAGUACGACCAGUGUUUGACCCGAGGCAGCGACAACCUGGCCGUCAUCAUCACUCACUGCGAACAGAACCAGAACAACGAGUGGAAAUACUUCAAGGAUCUCCACCGGUUCACUCACGUCCCGACAGGAAAAUGCCUGGACCGCUCCGAUAUCCUUCACAAAGUCUUCAUCGCGGACUGUGAUAACGAUAAAACCACACAGAGAUGGGAAAUGAACAACAUCGUGGCCGUAUGA